UCUUAUUUUCUUUCUUUAUAUCGUUCCCAAUCCCGUUCAAAGAUCUCUUUAGGGACCUCUAUCUUUUUCUUCCUGAAUAAGCCUUUAAACCAGUUACGUCAGCUAGGAUUCAUCUUAUAAACCAGAAGGACGACGAAGGAUAAAUAUGAUUGUGUUUAAGGGGUUGGCAAACCAUUCCUGCACUCCUAGCCUCCUCUUGGUCUGUAGCCUACAUUUGGCCUCUGAAGACAGAAAUAUAAGCAACACCAGUCAAGACCUCAAAGCCAUUUUUAUUGUUUUGGCUUCCAUUUUAUAAAUAAUUUU